CAGUGUAAUUUUCAAAUAUCUUUGUAGUUGAAUUGACUAACCAAAUUACUUAUACUCUCCAACUUCAUUUUCUCUAAACUUUCCAUUAUUAAUCCAAUACAAAAAGAGCAUUGAAUAAAGACAAGAACCAGGAAAAAAAUUGUGAAACACAUUUCCGUAAUCCUUUUUUGUCCUAUGUUAUGUACCUUUGGUCAGUUCCUCUAACCAAAGUGAAAAAAGAUUGAAAAUUUUUGAAUUGUAUUUUCAAGAAAUAGAUUUCUUGAAAAUGGGGUUGAAGAAUUGAAUAAUAUUGUUCAAAUUUAGCUGCUUCUUUUUUUUCACUAAAAUUUCUGCAGAAAAUAGCAUAGUGGAACAUUUGUAUUGGUAGCCAUGUCUUCUUGUAAUAUUCUUUGUAGUUACCAGCUUUACAGUUCUUGUAAUGUAAAACCUCAAAUUGGUUCUUCUAGAAAGAGCUGUUUUUCUCAAUCUUGGUCAAAUAGACCAUAUGGGUUAUCUUAUUUUCAUAAGAAUUUUGAGUUUAGAAGAAGCAAUUUUGUUAUUGUGAAGGCUUCAGAUUCAACAACUAGCAGAAAACAAGUAGAGAUAACUUAUAAUCCUGAAGAGAAGUUCAAUAAGUUGGCUGAUGAAGUGGAUAGGGAGGCUGGGCUUACAAGACUAACUCUAUUUUCUCCUUGCAAGAUAAAUGUUUUCUUGAGAAUUACUGGCAAGAGGGACGAUGGGUAUCAUGAUUUGGCAUCUCUCUUUCAUGUAAUUAGUCUAGGAGAUAAAAUAAAGUUCUCUCUGUCACCAUCAAAGUCAAAGGAUCGUUUAUCUACUAACGUUGCUGGAGUUCCACUCGAUGAGAGAAAUCUGAUUAUAAAGGCCCUCAAUCUUUAUAGGAAAAAAACUGGAACAGACAAUCACUUUUGGAUUCAUCUUGAUAAGAAGGUGCCUACUGGAGCUGGUCUUGGUGGUGGGAGCAGUAAUGCUGCAACAGCUCUGUGGGCAGCAAAUCAAUUCAGUGGUUGUGUUGCCUCUGAAAAGGAUCUCCAAGAGUGGUCUGGUGAAAUUGGUUCGGAUAUUCCUUUCUUCUUCUCUCAUGGAGCAGCCUAUUGUACGGGUAGGGGUGAGGUUGUUCAAGAUAUCCCAUCAUCCAUACCAUUUGACAUUCCAAUGGUUCUCAUAAAGCCUCAACAGGCAUGCUCUACUGCUGAAGUUUACAAGCGUUUUCAGUUGGAUCUGUCUAGUAAGGUUGAUCCCUUGAGCUUGCUGGAGAAAAUCUCAACUACUGGAAUAUCUCAAGAUGUGUGUGUCAAUGAUUUAGAACCUCCUGCCUUUGAAGUUCUUCCGUCUCUUAAAAGGUUAAAACAGCGAGUGAUUGCUGCAGGCCGAGGACAAUAUGAUGCAGUCUUCAUGUCUGGAAGUGGAAGCACAAUAGUAGGGGUUGGCUCUCCAGAUCCACCACAAUUUGUCUAUGACGACGAAGAAUACAAGGAUGUCUUCAUGUCAGAAGCUAGUUUCAUCACUCGACCAGCCAAUGAGUGGUAUGUGGAACCUGUUUCGGCUAGCAAUAUUGGUGAUCAGCCUGAGUUCUCCACAACUUUUGACGAGUCUUAGGCUCAGAAGAGCCUGUAAAUUGAAGCAAUAGCAUAAUUUUUUGCAAGUUGUAGAUGUAAUGCCAAUAAUUCCUAUAAUCUCACCCAUCCACUUUCGAUGCGCUAUUGAAGAAGCAAAAAAAAUUGAGUCUCUAUAUGCUUGCUAGAUGGUUCGUAGAAGUGGCAAAUGGGCGGGUAGGUCAAAUCGAUAAACAUAUUCUGAUCCUACUUGUUCAAAGCUUACUUGGCUGAAAUGAUUUGAUUCAAGAUUGGUUAAACUAUGAGGUUAUAGGUCAACUCGCCCAACAUGAAUCAACUUUCCCUCCUUUUUAUUUUGUUUUUUGAAAAGAAAAUGUGAAAUGCAGCAUCGCUUUUCUAAGUGUAUUUAGAUCUCAUCAUAAAUUUAUGACAAUUAUAUAGAAAACCUUAUUAUUAUUAUUA